AUGUGGUGGCGUCAUUUGCAAAAUCAGACGAAUCGCGUGCUGGUCGCGGCGGCCGUUAUCAUCUUUAUUUGUACAUCUACAGAUGUGCUUCUUGAAUGCCAUCGUCUCCUCGUCGGUCUCAUCUAUACCGACCCCUCUGUGCGGGAUGCCUACUUCAACAGUAGUGGCGACUGGAAAUUCUGCUUCCAGGUUACCGUUCGACUGAUGAACAUGUUGACUGGAGAUGCAGUUAUGAUCUACCGCGUGUGGGCAGCAUGGGAACGGCGAUGGCAGUUUAUUCUGUUCAACACUUGCGUCUGGCUUGUUACAUUCGCCAGCACAAUUCGGCUAAUCCAGAUACGAUUCUCUUGGGCGAUGGAACCGACCAACCUGUCAUGGCUUCCCCUCACCACGACGUGGUCCUUGGUGCUCGAAUCCACUACGCUGGCCCAAGUGCUGACUGCUACCAGUCUCGUGGCCUUCCGUAUCUGGAAAGUUGACCGAGCUGCGGCUAAGUUCAAGGGAAGCAGCCUUCUGCCUGUCGUAGGCAUUGUUGUCGAGUCUGGUCUACUCUAUACGUCGCUCACUUUGGUUAACGUGACCUGCACGGCUCUGGUCAAUCCGGGAUUCUACGUAGUCCUUCAGCUCAUGUCUCCAAUCAUUGGGAUAACGUUUUCUCUCAUUAUCGUCCGCGUCGGGCUGAAGCUCGGUAGUGGCUCCACGAAGUCGUUCCAGGCGACAUUCCGCACGGAGCUCACACCUAGCAGACAACCCCGUAGCAUGCACAUUUCGGUUCAUCGGCACUUCGAGUCGGAACACCAGGACACAAUCGAAGAUGAGGAACAGGGAUCUGCGUUCGGAGAUGGGCAGGAGAGCUUCUCUAUGAAGCCUGUGCAGUCGAGGACAGACGGUCGUAUACCAGCGCUCGCCGAUAGUGUUCCAAGCUGA